CUUCAACGAGCGAAGCUGGCGCAGGCUCAGCUCCGUGUUAUGCUUACGCCAUACCUAUUACAUUCCACCGUCGUUCCCAGCUCAGACACUUCAGGCGUAGAUGCACCGCAUUGGGCAUCCCUUAUGUUCAAGAAUUGUGCCACAAUGCACACUUCUGUGAUGAUAAACCAAAUACUCUUAAUGACGUCUUCGGAACACUUGUGACCCUGAAAUCACUCGAUUAAUGGACGAAUUGAGACAAGACAUCCAGAAGUUGAUGUCCUGGUUAGACCGGAGUAUAUGGAUCAAAUGCCGACCUGCCUGCGGUCGAGAGGAAAUGUGCUUCCUCCCUACUUGGCCCGUCAAUUCCCCCAAGCCGAAGGAUACACCUCCACUCGAAGGUGUCGCCCAUGCACUUUUCUUCCUUGCGACGCCGGCGGAGUAUUGGAGGAAGCCUCAAUCAAAGUGCAUUAGCCGCCUCCAGCCGUACGGAUUUUGAUCAUGUUCUUGAAGUGGUGAGUCAUCUGGAUGCACGCUUUCUAAUAGCCCUGGGCUUGAUGUGCUUCACGACGUGUAUCUCUGCUGGAAUUUCCAGACUGAGACUGGUAUAUGUAAUGAUAUAACACCUAAUGAGGAUAUACAAUACAGCUGUACCGUGAGGAAUAAAUUGUAAGUGAAGCAUGCCUGCACCGCAGGUUUCUUGAUACGACGACCCGCCGAUAAUGGCGGAGCAAAGAAAACAGCAGACUCGAUGCACGGUGAAAACAUCACUCAAGAGGAUUUGGUGACCUGGAUCAACGUCGGGAUGCACCACCUCCCUGCAUCAGAGGAUGUUCCGAAUACCAGGACUAAUACAGCCGCUUCAAG